AUGGAGGCCCCGCCAGUUACAGAGUCGACAGUCUUGGAUAUCCCGGGUGGGAAACUACUAUGUUUGACCAUUUUGGGGUAUCGGAAACCUGGCAUGACAGAAGAAGAGUACCGUCAUCACAUGACCAAGAUAUCAGCGCCGAUGACACAGGACCUCAUGGUGAAAUAUGGAAUGGUCAGAUGGACUCAAAUCCACAACUUGAACCAGCGCUCGACUCGGGCUCUCAUGAGCGAGAUUGUCGAUCCCCAGAUGGUCAAUAUUGCAGACUUUGACUCUUUUAGCCAGGUGGUCUUCAGAGGUAUCGAGGACUACAAGAGCUUCAAAAAGGACCCGUACUACAAAAAACACCUCUUUGGUGACCAUGUUCAUUUUGCAGAUACGCAAAGGAGCCAGAUGACCAUCGGAUGGAUCGAGCAGUUUAUCGACGAAGGGAAGGUCGUCGAUGGGUUCCCGCAGACACGUGGGAUGAAACGACAGCAUUCGGAAAACCCUACCGAUGAAAGUCCCGAAUCGGAGGAGGACCGUUCACCGUCGCCCGGGUCGAAGCGUCGGAGAGCGAAGGAGGAGUAG